AUGACAACCAAUCGUCAGUCUGUAUUUACUUUUCUGAAUGUGACUGAAUCAGUGACAACAAUCGAUCGUACGCGUCUUGAACAACUUCGUUCAGAUUAUGCAACAAUGAUGAAAACUGUACCGAUAGUUACAACAACGACGAUGGUUAAUCAAGAUGAUCAACUCAAAUUGCUUGCUCGAAAAUUUAUGCUCAUCGAUGAUUCUAUCAAUCUUGAUCAUUUAAAUCUAUGCGUCUCAUGCAGUAGUUUGGAUAUAGCAUGUGAAGCAAUUCUAGGCAAAUACAUUGAUGUUCUGAUGGCCGAAAGACGAGCUGCUAGAAAAACAACGCAAUCAAAUGUAAAACCAACAAUGCCUACUGUUACUGAAUCAUUAACAAAAAUCAUCUGUCAAAUUCUUGUCAAACAAAAUGAUGGAGCUGUAAUCGCGUUCAUUCACAAUUUUUUGUUAUCACCACUUGCAGAAACAACAUCAAAUCAAAGAUUACAAGAGAAAUUCGAAGCACUAUCUUCUGAUUGUCAUGUUCGUGCAUCUCUUAGUGCUGGUUGUACACUUGAUGUAUUUAUUCGUUCUCAAUUACUUGAUCGUGGUGGUACGAUCGAUGUUGGACGUCCACUUAGUAAACUUCCAUUAGUAGAUCCAAUUGUAUUAGUCGAUGAAUUUGAUACUUGGCAUUUCGAUCAAUUACGUGGUCUACUUGAAUUGAAUCUUAUUCCAAAUGAAAAACAAUUUCCACGUCGAUGGAAAUUAGCAUCGAAUGCACAAAUUCUUUAUACAAUCGAAUUAGUAGGAAAACAAACAAAAGAUGAUUAUGAAAAUGAAACAACAAUGAGAAAUAUUGAUCGUCCGAGUACAGUCUCAUUACAACGAUUUGUUGAAGAUGUUUGUGAAAAAGAAAACAAUGGAAUGGCUGCGAAAUGGCUUGAUGCUUUACGUGCUGAUGAUCUUUUUACAUAUGAUCAUUUAGCUAAUUUAAAACAUACAGAAUGGAGUGAAUUGAAAGUAUUAUCAAUAAAUGGAAAAAAAAUUCUUAAAUCCUAUAUAGAUCGAGAAAAACAAAUGGCUAGCAAUGCCAAAUCAACUAUACAAGCAAAAACAGAUAAUUCAAAUAAUAAAACUGGCAAAAUUCAAUCGGAAUCGGAACUACUCGCCUGUAUUCAUCAAAUCAAAUUGUACUUUCAUCAUAUACUAACUGAUGAAUUUGCUUCUGCUGGAAUUCCAACACCGGCUAAAUUAGAUGCUCGUUGUGUUCAUUUAUCGUUCGAUGAAAUGCGUCGAGAAGGUUUUGCUGAUGAUGGUCUAUUUGAUCAAAUGAAAAUAUUUUUUCUUCCGCUGACUAUGAUUGAUGAUGAUUUAGCAAUCGGUGAUGGACAAUGGCGAUCUUUGUCACGAGUUCGAUUGAAUGAACGUGAUAAAUUACUCGUCAAACAAAAACGUUUGAUUGAGGAGCUCACUGAAAAAGAAGAUGAAUACUAUCGACAUGAUGAUUCGAUUAGAAAAUUAAGAAAAGAUAUUCAUCUGAAGAGACAAAUAUCAGAAGAACAUAACGGAGAAAAAUAUGAAGGAUUUUCCAUCGUAGAAUUAUUGGAUGAACAUCGACAAAUAAUGGAACGAUUGGAACAAGAAAGAAACACAUUGCGAACACAAAUACAAGCUACUGAAGAUUUAAUCAAUAACAUUGAGAAAGGUUUAAUUCGACCAGAUGUUAAAAGCGGCAAGAAAACUGAUCGAGAUCUAAUCAAACCAAAUCGAGGCACAGGCAAAUCAGAUAUUAUGAGUAAACUCUCAUUACGUAUGGGUGUAAGUAUGGUUGCACCUCCAAUUGCAGCCGGUGAACUCAAUCGACCUCUAGUAGGCGAAUCAGAACGAAUCAUAUCUGAUAUUUGUAUGCGUUGUCAUCGAACACCUUAUCUUAUGUGUUGUGUAUCAAUCGAUGAAAUUGAUUCGCUUGCACCAAAACGUAAAGAUAAUUCAAGUGAUGGAAAUAUUGCUAAAUUAAGUGUACUUUUAUCAGUUAUUGAUGGAAUUAAAGAUGUACCUAAUUUGAUGAUAUUCUGUGCAACAAAUCGUUUACAUAUGAUGGAUGAAGCAUUUCUACGACGUAUGUCAGGAAAAUUUUUCGUCGGACGACCUUCUUCUCAUGCCAGAAAGAGUAUUCUUAGUGGAAUGAAAUCGUGGCAUAUUUCACCAAAUUUACUCGAGAGCUUAACUAUGGCGACAACAAAUUUCAGUGGAGCUGCACUCAGAGCUCUUCGUCGUUUAAUUACAGUUCAUUGCGUUGAUAUGCAACGUAUUAAUCCACAUUAUCAACUUGAUUAUCGUACGAUGCUUCAAUUGGCCGAUACUACAGCUCGACAAUAUCGUAUUGUGAUCGGUUCAGAAACAUUGCCGACUCUUUUAUUACGCGUUGCUGAUAGAAAUCAUUCGUUCAGAAACAAUCAAGAAUUUACAUCAAGAUUUAACAACUUACCGGACAAAAAGAAUUCUACAUAUACGGGCAAAAUUAUUGUUAAUCUAAAUGCUCGACGAAUUGAUAUUGAAGCCAUAAAUAUACAUCCAAUGACAGGUGAACAUGAAAAAGUGGUCUAUCAAGAAUUUUUAACUGAUUCAGAAACGACUAUGCAAGAAUUACUUGAACGUUUAACUGUCUAUGGAAAAUCACGUAAUGUUCAAUUAUUACAACUUAUUGAUCUCAAUCUUCUAUCAGCAGAAAGUGCCUAUGAUGAAAAAGAAAAAUUUGAAAUAUUAAAAGAACGUCUUGAUGAAUGUGCAGCUUAUCGUCGUUCAAUGAUUGUUUAUGAUUUAGAUUCAUUAAUUGGUAUAAAUAAAAGUGAAGGUAAUUCAUCUAUGGGUCGAUCAACAAAUCUAUCUUUAAUUAAUCAUAAUGUUUACACAUAUAUUAAAGAUAAAUUUCAAAGUGCAUAUAUUCAAUCAUCAACAUCGAAUAAUAAUAAUGAAAAUAAAGAUAUAGUUGUUAAUGAAGAAAAAUGGUCUGUUAUGGUUAUACGUGAUCCAUUUCUUCUACGGCAAUUUUGUGAUGAUGUUACAUUUACACGUCCCAUUGGUGAAAUUGAAGAAGAAGAAGCUCAAAUACGUCGUGCCGAACAACCUAUUAAAUGUGUUCAAUGUAAUGAUUUUUAUCUUGAACAAGAUAAUAAAAUGGGUGUUUGUGUACAUCAUGAUGGCUUUGUUUACGAUAAUCAUUCACUUACACUUACACAAUGGGGUCAACAAGCUGCAAUAGCACAAUUACUUAAAGAAGAAGCAGAAGCUAUACAACAAUCAAAGCGAACUGUCAUGACACCCGAAGAAAAAGAACGUUUAGAACGUGAAAAACAACGUUUUAAAUAUAUUUGUUGUAAUCAGACUGUACAAGCAUCAGGCAUGAUCGGUGGUUGCAAGCGAGGUAAACAUAGUUCAGCCGAUGUUACACUCAUUCAAUGGGAAUAUUCAUGUGAUCAUAAUAAAGAAUAUCAAGAUAAACGAUUAAGUCUACUUCAAAAUAGAAUUUAA